CGCAAUAUCUUGAUUGAGUUCUUACAUCUGGUAUGGGGCACCGACAAUUAUUUAUUUAGACUAUUUAUUUAUUAUUUAUUUUGUAUCUAUUUUAACUUUGUUAUCAGUGAGUCAGUUUGGUGAGGUUCAUGGUGAAGUAUAGUUUGAUACUUCCAGACUUAAAACCAUCAACUUGAGACCAGAAAGACGAAAUCAAAAUUUGGAGCAUCCCCAUCCUUCUCGCAAGUUCUCCAAGCACCAAGUGAUGUUCCAACUAACUCUCCUAAGUCAUCCUACCAUUCCAAUACCAGUCUCACUCACGGCUGUUUGAAGGCAAGACCCACUCUGGGCGAAAUAGCACAUUCGCUGGUGAUUGACGUUUAAACUGGGAUCGUAGAACAAAAGGUUAUGACAUAAGAACGACUGGCGCAGACGGACAUAUCGUGACGAGUGGGAAAAAAAAUAUACCACUCUCUACAAAACAUCACUGGUUUUGUUCGACGUAAAGGGAUAGCGAGUAUUUUCACUCAUCGUUUUCUCAUGGUAGUUCCCAAUACGUCAAGGGCGUUGCGUAGAAAGGGGAAGGGAAUAUAAUUUGUGUUUCAUGGGCGUUGGGGCAUUGAUCGGUUACGUAAGCAGGACAGAACUGUCGGUGUGAGUGUGAGGACCGUUUGCGUUUCCGAGUCAUCGCAUAUCUUCAUCUUCAUCAUCGACUCAUCGUCAAUAUUAACGACGAGUGGAGGAAAUCGCGGCAUUUUGCCGAUUUAAUUUCAAAUAUUUUACUCUGAAGGUGUAGGUCGGACGACCGCUAGUUGCGCCACCGGCAUGCUGGGUCUUCGGGUGAUGAGCGCUGUUUGGUUGUUUUUAUUAGUUUGUUUAUUCCACGUGGCCUGGACUCGACCACAUGCAGACGAAGAGGAAGAGCUAGAGGGUGGCGAAGGAGGAAGACAUAAGAGAAACUCGGACGUCAGUUAUGGCUGGAAACACACGGAGUACCUCAUAGCCAGCGUCAGACAACGACUAAAUAACAAUGAUCUAUACUUUUGUAAUAACGAUCCAUUCCUUGGAGUUCGUUGUCCAGAGGAACAGCAUUGCGUUGAUUGGCAUGAAAUAUGUGAUGGCCAUCAGACUUGUGGGCUAGAGGUUCGAGAGGCCUGUAUAAACAGUACUAUCGACUCGUAUGGAAGGACGGACGAUCGGUUCUGUGUCGGCGAUGAAGAUGCCAAAUGGUGCGAUUGGAAAAAAAUGGCGCCUCAUCGUUGCGGAGAGGAUUUUGUCUUUGACUUGUCGAAGAAACGCAAGCAGUACCGGAUCCGUCACCCGGGGUUUCCCAGCGCGUACCUGACCGACCGGUACUGUUUUUGGACAGUCAGUACCGUCCCGGGGCAUUUCCUCUACGUCGAGUUCAAGAAAUUCAGGACCGAGACAAACUACGACUACUUGUCCCUCGGCCAAGGUCUUCUCCGGGAUAGUGAUCGCAACACGCUCAUCUUCAAGCACAGUGGCGUUGACAAGCCUACACUUUUCAAGACGAACCUCAGACUCCCCAAUGCGCACCAGCUUUGGGUUACCUUCAGAUCGGACGAUUGGGAUACAGAUGAAGGUUUCAUCAUCGAAGUCAGCGACAGUUCUAGGGAAAUAAACGUUCCUGCGGCAGAUAUUAUGAUCGGCUCGAACCCAUUUCAAACGCGACCAAAAAAUGAAACAAGCCGAGUAGUUAUUCCUGUCGGUGGCAAAACCAUUGUGAAAUCACCAAACUAUCCCAAAUUCUACCGUAAUCACGUCACCACCAAUUGGAUUAUAUCGGCAAGGAGAGGACGCCGCAUAGAAGUAUGGUUUGACAACUUUGACGUGGAGGACGACGAAGAUUUCGUUAGCAUGGGCAAUGGACCCCUAUUACGUGUAUAUCCGAUAUUUUACCGGAAAACGGGUAAAAUUACCAACACCAAUAGCCUACGUUUCGUUUCGACCGCCUCCGAUGUAUGGCUUUCAUUCGAGACCAGUCUCGCCAUUGCCCGUAAGGGUUUCCGGGCCUACUUCAGGGAGAUACCUAUCACGGACUGCGGGGGAACACUCUUAGUGCCGGACAACGGGUCGAUCGCGGUGGCGAACAAGAACUACCCGGAACGCUACUACCCAAGCAACCUGGACUGCACGUGGUCCAUCAAGAACGAAGAAGGUCGUCGCAUGUGGAUCAGCUUUCAUGACUUCUCAACCGAGUGGCGCAAAGAUUUCCUCAGCAUGGGUAACGGCGCACCGCAGGAUCGCAACCGUACCUCUGCUAUUAUUACCAUGCACAGCGGAACUCACAUGCCGGAUCCCUACGAAUUCACAAGUUCAGGAGAUGAGGUUAUUAUCGCUCUCGUUGAGGUGUGGAUGACUUUUACGUCGAGUCGUUACAACAAUCAUGGUGGAUUCGUGGUGGAUAUCUUUGAUGAAAUGCUACACCCACCACCGGUCACAACUGCCCCUCCAACUACCCAACCACCCCCUACCACAGAGCCACCACCGACCAUUCGUGGAGAGGUACGACCUACUAGACGUCCAAAGCCUACCCGCCGUCCUAAACCACGUCCUGCCCCCGUGAUUUUGCCAGGCUUCGAGCCCGCGCCGACUAACGACGACUACGUGCCGUUCACCUGGCCACCAACGACAACCACUAGAAGGCCUACGACUACGCGACGAACUACCAGACGUACCACCCGACGUACCACCACGACAAGGAGACCAACGACUACACGACGGACAACGACUACCCGACGACCCACGACCACUACCCGUCGCCCAACUACCACAAGGCGAACAACGACAACCCGUCGCACCACCACAACCAAACGCCCCACUACCACAACCAGAGCACCCACCACCACCAAAACAACAACCACAAGCAGACCAGCUAUUAUCAACCCGUGGGAGAUCCCUAGCGACUCCUCCUCGUCCUCGUCAGUCUCCUUCUUCUCCAGCAUCGACUCUACCCAAAGCCAGUUUUAGUGAGCGGUUUGAGACGGUUUGGACCAGUUCCGGCUGCCGUAAAGUGCUUCAAGCAUACUCUCAAUGUCUUAUAAUCAAUUUUCAGUCAAUUAUUAAAAGUGACUUCUGUUUCUUUUAUAAUAUUUUCUUCUUUUCACAUACAUGUAGUUACAUUUUAAUCUAGACAAAAACCCAUGACAUACGUUUUAUAGAACAGUUAAUGUAUUAGCCAUUUACGACACUCUGGCAAGUCAUCGUUUGAUAGUAAAUCGAGACACAACCAACUAACGAUCGUUUUUAGUUCUAACUUACUUUUUAUAUGUUCUUUCUGUAAAUAGUGUUUCGUGCAUCACGAAUUUUAUAUUAAUGUUUUAGCUUAGAUUUCGUUAUAAUCCAUUGUGACCUCCCAUAUUAUGCAGAACUUCAUAUUCACCAUUUAUUUUGAAUUGCAUCAAAAGGAUUCUAGAAUGCUUUGCAUUGGUAAAUAUCAUGUGUAAAUGUUUAUUUGCCUCAUGCAAAAGAAAAAUAAACAUUUUACCCACUCGAAAAUUGUCAUUAAUAAUCAUUUGCAACUAAAUAGGAACAAAUUACUGUAUUGUAGUAAUUUUGCUUGUUUCAUUUACACCAAAUUUCUUUUCCUCAACUGAUAAUGUAACAUAACAAAUAUCAUGCCUAAUUCGGACAUUGUAUCAUGGUAUUUGGUCAGUGACAUGAACAUUGAUGGGUCGAGAUUAAUAAACCUACUAUUAGGGGAAACAAAAUCAUUUCAUGAAGAAUACAAUAAGUAUACAUUCGUUAAUUGAUGGAUGCAACCAGUUGUAUAUUAUUCAAACAGCAGUAAUAUAAAUCACAACAGUAAUUGCGAGUCUUCUGAUACGUGUAUAUUUUACCUAGUUUUGUAUAAUACAUCAUCAAGUAGCUAUUCGAUAUGUUGUAUUAGUUGCAUUCAUGAAAAGUAUUGCCAAAUAACAGCUUUCAUCUUUGUUCUUAUUCUUUUAUUCUGUUCAUGUUUUGGUAAAUAAAAGCCACUCGACUGACUAUACAAA